GACAUUUUUCUUCACUCUCAUAUAAAAACCAUCUUUUCUUUUCUAGCUAAACAAUUCAAUCCAAAUUCCUAAACACCAAAACUCUUCCAUAUUCAAAUAAAUACGGAGAACAAAACUAUGAAGAAGAUUGAAGAAUUAAACCAACCAUUAAUAUUAUCAAAAAACGAUAAUAUUAAUGGCGAAAAUUCGAUUAUUGUCAAGGAUAAUAAUGUUGAUCAACAAGGGUGUUUAAAAUUAGGAGAAAGGGUGUGGGAAGAGUCUAAGAAACUAUGGCAUGUAGCCGGUCCAUCGAUCGUUAGUAGGAUUGCAUCUUUCUCAAUGAACGUGGUUACGACCGCCUUCGCCGGCCACCUAGGGGAUGUUGAACUAGCGUCUCUUUCGAUUGCUAACACCGUUAUUGUUGGGUUCAAUUUUGGCCUCUUGCUAGGUAUGGCAAGUGCAUUGGAAACACUAUGUGGGCAAGCAUUUGGAGCCAAAAAACUACACAUGCUAGGCAUCUACAUGCAAAGAUCAUGGAUAGUCCUCUUCCUUUGUUGCUUCCUCCUCCUUCCUUUCUACGUCUUCGCAACCCCGUUACUCAAACUAGCAGGCCAGCCAGACGACAUAGCUGAAUUAACAGGCCUAGUCGCAGCAUGGCUAAUCCCUCUACACUUCAGCUUUGCUUUCGUGUUCCCGGUGCAACGCUUCCUACAAAGCCAACUUAAGACGGCCAUCAUUGCUUGGGUUUCGUUUGCAGCAUUCUUUGUUCAUAUAUUCAUGAGUUGGCUCCUUGUAUAUGUCUUUAAUAUGGGAAUUAUUGGCCUUUGUGUAACCCUUAAUGUCUCUUGGUGGAUCCUUUUCUUCGGCGAAAUGGCGUAUGUUGCUUGGGGUGGUUGUCCUGAGACAUGGAGUGGAUUUUCUUGGCAAGCUUUUGUGGGUCUUUGGGAGUUCGUUAAGCUCUCUGCUGCCUCCGGUGUCAUGCUUUGCUUGGAGAAUUGGUACUACAGAAUACUGGUUCUGAUGGUAGGUGGCUUAGAAAAUGCUGCGAUUGCCGUUGAUGCCUUAUCAGUUUGCAUGACUAUUAAUGGUUGGGAGAUGAUGAUUCCUCUUGCAUUCUUCGCUGCAACCGGAGUAAGAGUGGCAAAUGAAUUAGGAGCAGGCAAUGGCAAAGCAGCAAAAUUCGCGACAAAAGUGUCAGUUGCAACCUCCACAGUAAUCGGACUAAUCUUUUGCGUAAUAAUUAUGGCACUCCAUGAUAGGUUUGCCAUCAUAUUCUCAGACAGUGUUCCUGUUCUUGAAGAAGUUGAUAAACUUUCAUGGCUUUUGGCUGUUACCAUUCUUUUAAACAGCGUUCAGCCUGUCCUUUCAGGGGUGGCAAUUGGAUCGGGAUGGCAAGUCUAUGUAGCAUACAUCAAUAUCGGGUGCUACUAUGUUGUUGGACUUCCUCUUGGGGUUGUUAUGGGAUGGGUGUUCAACACUGGUGUUACGGGAAUUUGGGCUGGUAUGAUCUUUGGUGGCACUGCUCUUCAGACAGUGAUAUUAGGCAUAAUCACAGUUUCAUGCGAUUGGGAUAAAGAGGCACAAAAGGUAGUUGCUCAUGUAGAGAGCUGGUCAAAGGAGCCUCAGUAUAGAGUCAAUCAAGCUGGAGUGGAAUGAAAUUUGAUAAAAUAAAUUUGUGAAUCCUAUCAAAUUUCAGACGUAUGAUUUGUGCUAUAAAGGGCAGAUGCUUAAUGAAGGCGUUCAUGUCAAUCAUCAGUAUCGAUGCUAAUCAUUGAGAUCAAUACAUUGUUGUACUUAAACUACAAAGAAUGAGGUUUUUUGCUGGUUUAAUGAAAAAUCAGGUUUUGUUGAAAUAUAUGGCCAAAUUUUGCAUUCACAAGAUCAGUGAUUCAGUGCCCUAUCAAAGGUUAAGAAAAUUUGUUACUCCGUAUUACGAGUAGAUUCGGAUCAAUUAUAGACAAUAUAACAAUAUUAUCUACAUUCUCAUGAAUCAUGUACAAAUAGCUAGUUGCAUCA